UCACUUCCGGCCGCUCGGCUCGCUCCGACGCUCCUCAGCUAGUGCUGCUUCCGCUCCGCUGUUGCUGCUGCCGGGGUAUCGGCCGUGAGGUGGUCCUGUACGAGGGUUCGGGGACGCCCUGCUCUCUCCCGCACCCCCGCGAGGCUCGGGGCGGCUGUCGCGUGCGACCUCGUCAGCGACCGACGCCUGCGGUGACCCCGCGCCGCCCGGUGGAGGCCGCCGCCGCCGCCCGGGGAUGCCGAGGCCUGUGGCGGCGCCGCGCGGGGCGCCCGCCGGGGGCCGUUGGGGCUGCCGGCCGCUUGCGCCGCCGCCGCUGUUCCUGCUGCUGCAGCUGCUGCUGCUACCGCUGCUGCCGGGCCCCGGCGGCGCCUCCGAGAUCACCUUCGAGCUGCCAGACAACGCCAAGCAGUGCUUCUACGAGGACGUCGUCCAGGGCACCAAGUGCACGCUGGAGUUCCAGGUAAUUACUGGUGGUCACUAUGAUGUCGAUUGUCGACUUGAAGACCCUGAUGGCAAAGUCUUGUACAAGGAGAUGAAGAAACAGUAUGAUAGCUUUACCUUCACAGCCUCCAGAAAUGGAACAUACAAAUUUUGCUUCAGCAAUGAAUUUUCUACUUUCACACAUAAAACGGUGUAUUUUGACUUUCAAGUUGGAGAAGACCCACCUUUAUUUCCCAAUGAAAACCAAGCCAAUGCUCUUACCCAGAUGGAAUCGGCCUGCGUCUCCAUCCAUGAAGCUCUGAAGUCUGUCAUCGACUAUCAGACUCACUUCCGACUGAGAGAGGCCCAGGGCCGAAGCCGAGCAGAGGAUCUGAACACAAGAGUGGCCUAUUGGUCAGUGGGUGAAGCCCUCAUUCUUCUGGUGGUCAGCAUAGGGCAGGUGUUUCUGCUGAAAAGCUUUUUCUCCGAUAAAAGAACCACCACGACCCGUGUUGGAUCCUAACACCAUUGUGAGAACUGAGGGCCCAUGGCCUGUGAUAGGCUGUCCUCUGAUCUUGGUACCGAAGGACCUGACACUGGCAACAUUUCAAAACCUUCAUUCUUCCUGGGAGAGAUUUCAGUGCGUAUCCCCAAACCGUGGAAGAUGCCUUUUUAAAUUCAUAAUGGUGGAAACACUUUGGGACUUACUUGGGCUGUUCAUGUUCAGUAUACACCAGUGAUCUACUUUUUUCUUGGUUGUUUAUAUCUGCUCUUCACACACUAAACUUUGGUAUUCUGAUUCCUUUUAACCAUUUAAAGAUACUUUUCUUAUAGGUAGUUAAUAUUUUUAAAACCUUAGAUUUAAUGUCUAUAUGUGUUAUGGAGGAAGAAAACUGCCUUUUAAUUAUUUGUAGUGAAUAAAGUUGUGUUUUUAAGAAAACCAAAUGUGAUCUAAAUAGCCCAAGCCCUAUUCUGCACUGCUUAUUUUUAUGGGGGAAAUGAUCUACCACAGAAAUGUUAGUUAAUAUUGAUACAAUAUUAAUUGAUAUAUCAUGUUAUAAUUUAUUUCUCAGUAAUUUAGAAAAUGCCUAAGUUUUGUGUUUUGGGUUUAUUUUAAAAUUUGUAACUAGCAAUGUGUUUGAAUUGUUUUGUUUUAUAAAAGCAUUCUUACAACACAGAAAACACUUAGUAGAGUUUAUAUAGACCUUAAUUCUCAGACUGUUAUAACAAGUACAGUGAGAAAGUUUAGCUGGGUUAAUAACCACACUCAUGUUUCCAGUGAUUUUACAAGGAAAAGGAAUGUGGCGUGUCAUUUUGACAUUGUCUAGGCUGGCUCUUGUUUUUUGGGUUUCAGGCCAUUCAUUUGAAUUGAUGGUUGUAACAUUAGUAUUGUAAGUGCCAUACUUUCAUGUGGGUGUGAGGCACUGAAAAGUCAGUUUGCUUCCCGUGUUUGCUCAUUUUGUUUCCAUAGUCUCUGCUUAACAGCCUGAAGUGAUUUUUUUUUCAAAAGUUAGGAUGCUUUGUUACCUGUUUGAUAAUCUUGUACUUCACUGAAUGAGUAUUAAAUAGUUCAUAUCCUGUCCCCUGUAGGGUUUAGACUGUGUAAAUUCACUCACAGCUUGUGUCAAUUCAACUUGACUGAAAUAAGAUUUUGCUCCAGAUACUCCAGAAUAGAAUAUAAGAUGAUGGAAAAUUAAUAUCAUUUGUAAAGACUUGGACAUUUGAAUCCUAGGAUACUGCAUGGCAGUUCUAGUCAUGAACACUACUGACAAAAAAAUUCUCAGUUGUAAGCUGUCUUACACACAUACACACACGUUUGCAUCUUAGAACAGAAUGAAUUGAAACUGUCAUGCUGAGAUUUCACAGUAUACAAUGGUGAAUAUGUUUUCAAUACUUUCAAAAAGCUGUUCCUUAAACACCCUUUCUUUAUGGGUUAUAAAGAGAAGUUUAAGAUAUUGCAGUUUUUAUUAAUUGGACUCUUGUAUUGAAGUUGUCCUGCAGCUUUCUGUGAGGCUCUGUGUGACAGAUCGAGAAGUUUAAAGCCCUGGCUCCAAUGUGAUUGACACGCAUGGCAUAUGUAAAAUGUUCUUUUCCAGUUGCCUACAGACACCAUUAUGUUGAGAUACUUCUGUCAUUAAAGAGCCAGGUGCAGAACUUACCGAGUUUGGUAGAGACAGUGCACUCAUCUAACUGUGCCUCUAAAAACUUCAUAUUAGGGGCUGGGAAUAUGGCCUAGUGGUAGAGUGCUUUCCUAGCAUGCAUGAAGCCCUGGGUUCGAUUUCUCAGUACCACAUAUAUAGAAAAAGCCAGAAGUAGCUCUGUGGCUCAAGUGGUAGAGUGCUAGCCUUGAGCAAAAAGAAGCCAAGGACAGUGCUCAGGCCCUGAGUUCAAGCUCCAAGACUGGCAAAACAAAACAAAACAAAAACUUCAUAUUAGCCUAUUUCCACGAAUAACUUUUGGUGAGAGUCUUGAGAUAUGUGGGCUUUGGUCACAUGUUGACAGCUGCUACUCACCUGUGUCCAUACGGAUUGGAAGACAGCUGUGUGCACAUCAGUGCUAAGCCAUGCUCUUUCUUCCUCCUGCUACAUCAUUUGGAACAUCUGAUGUGUAAUCCUUCCAUAACUAGUUGCACAAGUGUGAAUUUCCCAAGUAUGUUCUGACAUGAUGACUUAGAAUACAUGUUUGAAUACCAUCGUUGUAUAUAUUUUUCAAGUAGAGAAAAUAAUGGAAAGUGAUUUGAUAUACAAGUUUAUACUAAAAUUUCAACCUGGUGAUGAUAAGUGUGGAGACAUUACUUUGCUAAUAAUCUAUAGACAUCCUUUUUGGUUUUCUGUUAAAGAAAUGGUUUGUGGUUCACAGCUCUCGUCCAGGCUUAUUGAUCAGCCUCAAAGAAAAGGGGACUGAAAAGGAAUUUUAUUCUUUAGAGACAUAUAAAUUUGCACUGUUUUUUUUUUUUGGUUUCUGUUUGUAAAUGUAACAUUUGUAGUUACUAAGACAAAACAGACCCCAUGACUUGUUUUCAGAAAUUAAACAAAUUAAUAUAUAAACAAUUCAAGGAAUUUUUUUUCAUUUACUUAUGAAAGAAAAGGAAAUUUCUCUUAAAAAGCCAGUUCUAUGGAUUUGCACUGAUCCAUUUCUUGAAGAAUAAAGACAAAAUCUUUGCGCAAA